AGAAACAUGCACUCAUGACGCAUGUCACCUUUUCAUUAGUAAUAACCGGAAACCAAUCCUUACUCAUGAACGUCCGGAGUUUGGUCGUCUUUCUCCGUCAGUACUACCGGGUUGGCGGCGGCAGUGGACGGACUCCUCCGUCAAAUUCGCCGCUUCACCGCCUGGGCUACGGUGGCUGCAGCACCACUACUCCAAAUUAUUAUUAUCUCAUGAUGAACCCCGGAUUAAGGAUGUUCAGUAGCAGCAACACCCAAGAUAAUCCAUAUAAUCCCAACCCUCUUUUGCAAAAUAGAGAAGAAGAUGGAAAGAAAGAUGCAAGAGACCCCUUAGGUUCUUCAAAGUUCAAUAUUUUAACGUGGGCAAAAUGGAUCAUUGGGUCUAUGUUAUCAUUAAUUUUCCCAUUUUUGAAAGGGGAGUUAGAGGGCAUCCGGAAGAUAGAAGGAAAAGUGGAAGGAGUGGCAGAGGAGGUGGAGGAAGUAGCAGAGGUGGUGGAAACGGUGGCGACCACCGUAGAGAAUGUGAUAGGAAGGGUGGCGGAUAAGAUUCCGGCGAAUACCCCAUUGAAAGAAGCAGUUGAGGCGGUAGAACACGCCUCUGCUCAUCUUGCUCAGGACGCUCAUUACAUCACCACCUUCAUCCAUCAAGUAGAGGACGUGAAGGACGACAUUGAAAAAUUGGAGAAGAUGAUUGGGCCACUUGUGGGAAAUGUCACAAAGGACUGCCAACAAUUACAAACUGCUACUACAGAGUAAAUACGCUAAGCAAUACUUCCUCAAAGCGGUGAAUCUCUAAUUAAUUACCGUGUUGAUAUUAAGUUACUUUGAUUUCUGUGCUGGUUAAAAAUUACAGUAAAAAUGAUUCAUCUCUGUUCAUCCUUGUAAUUUUCUCCGCGUGUAUUUGGGAAAUACCUGAUAGAAGAUGGAGUGGAGUCAUUCUUUGAUUUCAUUAUUUGGGAGUUGUUUGGUUUUGUUAUUUGAAAGUUGAAAACUUGAAAUUAAUUUUUUUUAGAUUAAUUGGUUCAGUUCAUACAAAAAACACCCUAAAAAAGUUUGGUGACCUCG